AUGUCAUUUAUAAAUCGUAUUCUUCAUCGUUAUCCACUUCCAACCAAAAUGUUUUUGGCUGGAACAAUUGCAGCAGGCGGUGAUAUAUUUACACAAUUAUUGGAGAAGCAAUCGGAAUGGAAUUAUAAAAGAACUGCUCGAUUUUUCACACUUGCCACAUUUUUCACUGUUCCAGUUUUGAAUAUUUGGCAUAAAAAAGUGUUGGAGCGUAUUUUUUACAAAAACAAUAUGCAUAAAACUGUUUUUCUUCGUGUUUUUCUCGAUCAACUCAUUUUCAGCCCUCUAAUUAUGGCUGGAAUUUUGAUGAAUUUACGAGUUUUGGAAGGAUUUUCAAUAUCGCAAAGUUAUGAGAAAAUGAAAAAGCAAUGGUUUCAAUUAUAUUUGACGAGUUUAACAUUUCUACCAGCUAUUCAAUUCAUCAAUUUCUAUUUUAUUCCACCAAUUUAUCGAAUUUUGUUGCUGCAAUUUGUCGCUUUUUUCUGGAAUUCAUAUUUGUCGUGGAAAACUCAGAAGAAAAUUGAGAAUUAA